UAACAGUAUUGAGCUGUUCUCUGCAUCAUUCCCACUCCCCCCUCCUCACACACAGACUCCUAUGAGAGAGGUGAAAUCACAGGGACACUUUUACAGUCUAAUUCAGUAUAAAGAAAUUUCUGUGAAUUCUCUACAGAGGAGACCUGACAAUAAACAAGGGGGUCUGGACUGAGAAUGAAAAUAGGCCCUGGGGUUCCAGGUACAGAGACACCCAAUAAAUAGCGGCGCAGCCUCUCUGCCACAACUCACUGAUUGCCAGUUUGGCCCUAGUUAUCAUCACAUUCCCGUGCAAAGCAGAACCGUAGGUGGGGGCGCGGUAUAACGGUUUAUGGGUGCGGGGAGGGUCCCUGGCGCAUCUGGCCGGACAGACACGUGCCAUCAGCAGUAAUACCCCCCCCCCCAUAGGAAAUCAGCAGUGCUUGGGGGUCGCUGGUUUUUCCGAAUAAAGAUAUAAAAAUGCAGUGGGAAAUGUGCCCUUGAUUCCUGCGCAAAACAGAAGCGGUCGAGGGGCCCCGUUCCCAGGCGCUUGGUCUCAGCGAAUCAGACGGGAGGGGGGGGACAGAUCACUGCGACGUUUCCCCUCUCACCCCCCUUUUUUGUGUGAGAUGUGCGACGGCCCAGCUCCUCUCUCCUCCCUCCUUCAUUCCCUCCCCCUUCCCCAGUCUCCAGAUGCCGCUGCCUCUCCCUUGUGCUUCCCGCAGUCUCUGAGCCAAGAGCAGCGACAGCAGCAGUGACACGGACAGGGGGUCCCCCUCUAAUAAGGGAUUUGCCGCGGGGGACCCUGAACGUUACUCCAUUUCAUUGAGGCGCUUUCCCAAUGGCUCGGCGACCCCCGGAGCAGCGGACACACCGAUCUCAUUAGGAUUAUAUUGGGAAUAUCACUCUCUGGGAUUUGUGUUUCUUUUUACUUCCAAAUUGCAGGAUAAUCACUAUAUAGAAAAUGGAGAACGAAAUUUUUGCUCCAAUCCUGGAAAAUUUCAUGUUCAGCCCUCUGGUGAUCUGGAUCAAGACCUUUGGCACCCUGCUCAGAGGCGCUGGCACCCUGCUGGACGAAUAUGUGGCUUUAAUAGACGGUGUGUUCCUGAAUGAAGUCAUGCUGCAGAUAAAUCCUAAAGCUGAUAAUCAAAGAAUAUAUAGAAAGAUCAAUAACGAUGCUUCCCUUCGGAUCCAAAAUUUGUCAGUGUUAGUCAAGCAGAUGAAAUCGUACUACCAGGAAUCGUUACAGCAGUUGGUCAUGAUGAGCUUGCCAAAUGUUUUGACUAUUGGCAAAAAUCCAUAUUCUGAACAAGGAACAGAAGAAAUGAAGAAAUUGCUUCUCCUUAUGCUGGGUUGUGCCGUCCAGUCUGAAAGGAAAGAAGAAUUUAUUGAAAAAAUCCAGGUCUUGGAUUUUGACACAAAGGCAGCGGUUGCAGCUCAUAUACAAGAGGUAACGCACAAUCAGGAAAACGUAUUUGAUUUGCAGCUAAUGGAACCCACAGAGAUGUCGUCUGAAGAUUUAGAAGCUUUUUUAAAAAAUAUUUCUUUCCAUCUGAAGAGGCUGGUUGAUGAGAGAGAUGAAUACACAGAGACAAUCAUCGAACUGACAGAGGAGAGGGACUCCCUACAUUUCGCACCUCUCGCUACAUCGGCACAGUCUCCAUCUGGAUCCCCGAGCAUGAGGCGCACAGAGAGCAGACAGCAUUUGUCCGUGGAGCUGGCAGACGCCAAGGCGAAAAUUAGAAGGCUGAGACAAGAGUUGGAAGAGAAAACAGAACAAUUCCUGGACAGUAAACAGGAGGUUGGACACUUGGAAGCAGAACUUAAGCGGGUUCAGCAAGAGAACAUGAAUCUGCUUGCAGAUGCUCGGUCUGCUCGAGUGUAUCGGGAUGAGUUGGAUGCACUCAGGGAAAAAGCCAUUCGAGUUGACAAGCUUGAGAGUGAACUGAGCCGGUACAAAGAGAGAAUGCACGACAUUGAGUUUUACAAAGCUAGAGUAGAGGAGUUAAAAGAAGACAAUCAGGUGCUUUUGGAAACAAAAACAAUGUUGGAAGAUCAGCUGGAAGGAGCUCGGGCCCGUUCCGACAAACUCCAUGAGUUAGAGAAGGAAAAUCUACAGAUGAAAGCCAGAUUUCACGAUAUGGAAACGGAAAGGGAUUUGGACAGAAAGAGAAUUGAAGAAUUAAUGGAGGAAAACAUGUCGCUGGAAAUGGCUCAGAAGCAGAGUAUGGAUGAGUCUUUGCACCUCGGCUGGGAGUUGGAACAGCUGUCGAAAACAAGCGAACUCCCAGAAACUCCACAGAAGUCUCUGGGCCAUGAAGUGAAUGAGCUGACGUCCAGCCGCCUGUUGAAGCUGGAGAUGGAAAACCAGACGUUGCUGAGCACAGUGGAGGAGCUGCGAAUCACCAUGAGCUCCACAGAUGCCAAAAACACAAAGAUCCUGAAGCUGGAGAAAGAAAAUCAAAGGCUGAGCAAAAAGAUGGAAAAAUUAGAAGGAGUGAUUAGCCACGAGCGACAAAACAAUGAGACCAGCCAGCAUCUAAGCAGUGAUCUCAUGAAGGAGAAGUCCGAGCUUGAAAAAACAAUUGAGACCCUGCGGGAGAAUUCUGAGCGUCAGAUUAAAGGACUUGAACAAGAGAACGAGCAUUUGAAUCAGACCAUCUCCUCCUUGAGACAGCGUUCACAAAUCAGUGCUGAGGCCAGAGUCAGAGAUAUUGAAAAGGAGAACAAAAUUCUGCAUGAGUCUAUCAAAGAGACAAGCAGUAAAUUAAACAAGAUGGAGUUUGAAAAGAAACAAAUGAAGAAGGAACUGGAGCACUUCAAGGAGAUGGGCGAGAGGUCCGAGGAACUUGAAAAGGAACUACAUCGAGUGGAGAAAGAGAAUGAACUCUUGCAAAAAAAGAUCACCAGUUUAAAUAUAGUUUGUGAAAAAACAGAGGCCUUGGAACAAGAAAACGCCAGCUUGGAACUAGAAAAAAGAAAGCUGAAAAAGACAUUGGAUAGUCUAAAGAACUUAAAAUAUCAAAUGGAGUCACUGGAGAAAGAGAACAACCAACUCGACGAGGAGAACCUAAACCUGCGGCGAUCGGUGGAAUCUCUCAAAAGCACAAAUAUAAAGAUGGCCCAGUUGGAAUUAGAGAACAAAGAACUGGAGAACGAAAAAGAGCAGUUAAGGAAAGGACUGGAGCUCAUGAAGGCAUCUUGCAAAAAAACUGAACGUUUAGAAGUCAGUUACCAGGGACUGGACACAGAGAACCAAAGAUUACAGAAGGCGUUGGAAAAUAGCAGCAAAAAAAUUCAACAACUGGAAAAUGAGCUGCAGGACCUGGAGGCAGAGAAUCAGACUCUGCAGAAAAAUCUGGAGGAAUUAAAGAUCUCUAGUAAGCGUCUGGAACAGCUGGAAAAGGAGACCAAGCUGCUGGAACAGGAAACUUGUCUAUUAGAAAAGGACAAGAAACAGCUGGAAAAGGAGAAUAAGCGACUUCGCCAGCAGGCUGAGAUUAAGGACAUUACGCUGGAAGAAAACAACGCAAGGAUCUCAAACCUGGAGAGAGAGAAUAAAUUGCUUUCCAAGGAAACGAAUGCAUUUAAAGAAUCAUGUGCCAGGAUGAAAGAGCUGGAAAUGGAGAAUAAGGAGCUUGUGAAAAGAGCAACCAUUGAUAAGAAAACAUUAGUCACCCUGAGAGAGGAUUUAGUGAAUGAAAAACUAAAAACACAACAGAUCAAUAAUGAACUGGAGAAACUAACCCAUGAAUUAGAGAAGAUUGGGCUAAACAAAGAGCGGCUGCUGCACGACGAACAGACUACGGAUGACAGCAGAUACAAGCUCUUGGAAUCUAAGUUAGAAUCAACACUGAAGAAGUCCCUUGAAAUAAAAGAAGAAAAAAUUGCCUCCCUUGAAGCCCGAUUAGAGGAGUCGGCUAAUUUUAAUCAGCAGCUUCGCCAGGAGCUUAAAACUGUUAAAAAGAAUUAUGAAGGGCUUAAACAGAGGCAGGAAGAGGAAAGGUUGGUCCAUACUUCACCUCCAAGACCUGGUGAGGAAAAUCUACCUGUGCCCAAGUGGGAGAGAGAAAGCCAGGAGACCACCAGAGAGCUGCUAAAGAUCAAGGAUCGCUUAAUAGAAGUUGAGAGAAAUAAUGCUACUCUGUAUGCAGAGAAACAGGCACAAAAAACACAGCUGAAACAACUGGAAACCCAAAACGACAAUUUACAAGCACAGAUUUUAGCACUUCAGAAGCAGACGAUAUCACUGCAAGAGCAGAACACCACUCUGCAAACUCAGAACGCCAAGCUACAGGUUGAAAAUUCUACUAUUAACUCGCAAAGUACAUCGCUUAUGAAUCAGAAUUCCCAACUUCUAAUGCAGCAGUCUAGCCUGGAAAAUGAAAAUGAAUCCCUCACCAAGGAGCGUGAGGAGCUGAAGGCCAUGUAUGAGCUUUUGGUGAAAGACCAUGAGAAACUGGCCCAAGUGCAUGAGCGGCAGGCAGCAGAAUAUGAGUCGCUUAUCUCCAAACACGGCAGCCUCAAGUCUGCACAUAAAAAUUUAGAGGUAGAGCACAAGGACCUUGAAGACAGAUAUAACCAGUUACUGAAACAAAAAGUUCAGCUGGAAGAACUGGAGAAAGCGCUAAAGGAGGAACAAGCCAAAAUGCUGCAGGAGAACAAACAGCACAAAAUGUUAUCGUCCGACUACCAAAGGUUGACUGAGGAGCAUGGGAGACUCAAUCACACAUACAGACAGCUGUUACGGGAAAAUGAGAGCCUGCAAAGUGAUCAUAAAAACUUGAAAAGCCUUCUUAAUAGUGGAAAACUGGAGCAAACCAGAUUAGAAGCUGAAUUCUCCAAAUUAAAGGAGCAGUACCAGCAGCUGGAUAUCACAUCAACCAAGCUCAAUAAUCAGUGUGAGCUAUUAAGUCAACUGAAAGGCAACUUAGAAGAAGAAAACCGGCACUUAUUGGAUCAAAUUCAGACGCUGAUGCUGCAGAACAGAACCCUCCUGGAACAGAAUAUGGAAAGCAAAGACCUUUUCCAAGUUGAGCAAAGACAGUACAUUGAUAAAUUAAAUGAACUCAGGCGACAAAAAGAAAAACUGGAAGAGAAGAUAAUGGAUCAGUACAAAUUUCAUGAGCCAUCUCCCCCAAGAAGGAGAGGAAACUGGAUUACAUUAAAAAUGAGAAAGCUGAUCAAAUCUAAGAAGGAUAAUAACCGGGAACGCCUGAGAUCCCUCACCAUGGUGCCUUCCCGCUCCGAGUCCAGUGAAGGUUUCUUGCAGUUGCCACUGGGAGACAGUCAGGAUAGUUCUUCCGUUGGCUCCAAUUCUCUUGAAGAUGGACAUCCACUUGGGGCAAAAAAGAGCAGCAUGGUUGCCCUGAAAAAGCUGCCCUUUAUGAGGAACAGACCGAAGGAUAAAGACAAAAUGAAGACCCUCUACCGCCGCUCAGUGUCCAUGAAUGACCUGGUGCAGUCCAUGGUCCUGGCAGGUGGACAAUGGACAGGUAGUGCUGAGAAUCUGGAGGGUCCCGAGGAUCAUGCAUCCGGGAAAAGGAGGAAAGAUUUGGGAUCUAUGGCCUUCUCCACUACAGCAAUCGACUUUUCAGCUGCCAAUGCCUCUUCGGCCUUCAGAUCCAAGGUUUUGCCUAAAAGUAAAGACAACACUUCUUAUGAGGAUUUAAGUGCUCAUUCUGUAAGAAAUGGUUCCUAUUCUGUGCCUGGAACGCAUGCUCCCAGAACUUCCAGCCUGGAUAGUGCCAGGACAUCCUCUAGUAAUAGUAAUAAUAAUGCUUCAGCCCCUGCAGUCACAGGAAUGGUGGCUUCUCAGAUCAGGUCCCACAGCCACAUUGGUGGAGAUUUCAGCCUGCAUCAGGAAAGUGAACCACUGAACGGCAGCGGGAGCCCAGUCCCUUACCUCGGCCAUCGAUUAAAAAAGUCUGCAGUAUCUAGUCCCAUGUUGAGACCUCAACUAGGGGACACACCAGAAACCUCGCUCCAGCCUAAGCUGAAACCUGGGUCGCCCAGAAGCGAAAAGGUUUCACUCAAACAAUUUUUAGAGGAAAGCAACAAGCUGACUGUAAGCCAGAUUCGCUCUGGAAGUCAGGAAAACCUAUUGGAUGAAGUUAUGAGAAGCCUUUCUAGUUCUGUUGAGUCUGCGGGAUUUCAUUCUCCUACACUGCUAUCUCCUGGCCUAUCGCUGGCACUGGAUCGGAAAUCUGCCAAACCGGAACAGUCUGUGAGGCCCAACCUUCGGAAAACGGAGAGCUUACGUUUUACCUUCCCUGAACUGGUCAGUUCACAGUCCUCGGAUGGAAGCUCUGCUAUAGUCGACGGGACGGUGUUCUCCCAAAAGCACACAAAAGAUUCCAAUCCAUAUGCAACGUUGCCUCGUGCAAGCAGUGUGAUCUCUACUGCAGAGGGGACUACUCGGAGGACAAGUAUCCAUGAUUUUUUAUCCAAAGACAAUAGGUCACCUGUAUCAGUUGAUCCAUCACCCACAGCGGAGGAUGAACCUUGUUUAUCAAAUGUGGAUGCAACCCGAGAAGUCAGGCUUUCAAAAAGCAGGUCUAGGGAGCAGCAAACCCCUUAAUUUAGCCACCCAUUUCAAGUGAUAUCCCAGUUGAGAGAAAAGUGGCCUUCAUUUCUCAAGGGGAAGUUUAUUUCUGAAGUCCCGAGAUCUCGCGCCCCCCACCAAUGUCUUUUUCUGAGAAAUUGCUAGUAAAGCCUCAGCACUGGGACUGGGGAGAUUUGACACUUUUCCUUCCUUGAAUCAAGGAGUUGUGUUGGACUGAAUGAAAGUGGAGGAUUGAGUGUCCAGCUCUUUGCACUGGGGAAGAUUGUGCCGUCCUGUUCAGGAAGGAGCUCUGUCAUCACUCAUCAUAGGAAUUCACUUCUCACAUCUACUUUUAAUCCUCUGAUUUUAUAGCCUUCUGCUUGGUGUUUCACAAUGUGUCCAAUAUGUAUUUUAAUUCCAUGUAUAUUAAAAUUGUUUUUAUUUUAUUUUUAAACUUACAAGCUUCCGGCCCCAACUGCCAGGAUUGUGUGCUCCCCCCCCCACUGUCCGUUUUUGUAGGUUAUAAUGGACCCCCUCCUUUAGAUGAUAAGGAUAUAAAUUAAGGGACACUAUUCAUUUUAAUACACAUUUCAGUGACAUCACUAUACACCAGUAUAACUGAUGACAUCACAAAGCCCUAAUAUUUUACUAGUUAUUUCUGGAUGUUUUUAGCAUAAGGAUUUUAGAAGUCAUAGAAAAAAAGACAAGAUCGGGACAUGAUGGGUCCCAGGCCAAGUGCCUUCAUACAGGAUUAAGGUGACUUCUAAUAUCCUUUAUAAUGUUAAAUGUGGGACAAAUCAUGUACAAUAAUAAUAAUACAAUUCUAGUAUAAAUGGUCUGGACGUAGGUAACUGGGCUGUGUCUUUCUACAGUAGAACCAAAAGAAACUUCUUUAACUGGAAAUGUCCAACCCGGAGUAUCUCUCCCCCCGUAGGUGAAUUAAAACUGCAAGGAAUGGCAUAGGUUGAAUACCCCUUAUUUAUAUCAUUCUCUGGAGGCUCCAUUAUUCCUCAUCAUACAUGUAACAUGAUUGUGUUCUAACCCUAUAUUGUAACAUUACUGCUAACUGUCAGCAGGGGGAGACUUGCCUGGCUGGUGGGUCGCCACCAUAAGCCUAUAUAACCUCUAUACCAUUUGGCACUGUCUCCAUAUAAUUGUUGUGAGAGUGGGGCACUUUUAGGACACUUUUAGGACUCGUACCCAUCAUCUAGGCAGUGUUAUGCAACCACACAGCAACACUCAAGUUAACUGAUGGCAUUUUACACAGUGGGGUUGUAGCCAUGGCAACAGCACAAUUUUUUUAUGCAUUCUGCAGUGGGAUAAAUUGGGUAAACUGAGAUGACUUAACGGUGUGGAUGCUUGCCCAACGCACACUAGACUCCGUUUGUGUGUCCCUUAAAGGAACAGUUCAGCGUAAAAAUAAAAAAUGGAUAAAUAGAGGCUGUGCAAAAUAAAAAAAAUGUUUCUCAUAUAAUUCGCCAAAAAUGUA